GGCCUGCUUGUCGCCUCGGAAACAGGCAUAAAAAGCCUGGCCGAUUCUGUUCCCUCCUCGUCUCCUACUGCUCCUCGUCUUCCGGAAAUUCAGCCGGAGCCUGAUGUGUCCGACUCUGCCGCUGCUCCCAGCCACACUUCGCCCCUUCGCAGUGCGAUGCAGUGGCAUUUGGGCCUAUUCAAGUUCUACGAUCGUCUUCUUCAGGCCCUUGUGAAGAGGCCGGACGAACCGGAGCAUGAAAAGGCAGAGUGA